UAUAUAAUAUGACACUUCGUUCGUGGACAGACACUGUGAAUCUUGUGACAGAUGCUUCAGUCUACAAUGUCGACUCUUCUAAUACAGUCAAUACUUCAAACUUUCCAGUUUUUCACUGGCUAAUAAUAGCAAUUGUCAUAAUUAUAACUCUUACCAUCAUAACAGUUUGUAUUAUAGUUGUUAUGAUUUUCUUAAUUAGAAAAUUAAAGGAACUUCAAUUACUCAAGUUUAUGACAGUAUAG